AUUUUUUUACCGGAUUUAAACGUUCCUGAUUGUUGCUGAUGGUAGUCAACUGCAACUUUUCAUACAUCACCGGUGAAAGCAAGUGUGAGUUCAUUGUGUUAAAUCGAUGAGCUGGUUUGGUUUUGGUUUUAAUGGCUUUGGUCAGAUAAGGCCUGCAGAUGUGAGCGGAAAGGUGGAUUGUAAAGUGAGCACACCUGUGCUGAUAUCAGACCUGUGUGGAUCAGAAUGGAGAAUCAGUGCCUGCUGGAGCUCAAGAGCUGCUGUCAUUCAUACAGACAGUGGCAGUCAUGUGUGUGUGUCAGGGUUUGUGUGUGGUUCAUCAGGGCCGGUGUAUGAAGAGAUCAUCCCAGAGAGUCAGGAGUGCACAAACUUCUCCAUCAGUGAAAGAUAUCUGACACUCGGGUUCACAGACAGAGUGGAAUGCUGGGAAAUACGGCACCCACAAAACAACCUGGUGUGGAGGAGGGAACAGGAACCUUCUCAAAACGCAGGUCAUGCUCUUGCAUUGCCAUUGGUACCAGACGGGUAUGUCAUUCCCAGAUCACCUUUCUUCUGUCCUCUAAGCACAAAACUCUGUGCCGUUAGCCUGGCGCUGGGCACAGAACAUGCUGUGAUGCUCACCGCUUCCGGGACUGUGUUUACCUGGGGAUCUGGAAGUCAUGGUCAGCUGGGUCAUGGUGCUCUGACAUCCCAGGAGGAACCUCAGGUACUGGAGGCGCUCUGGGGAGUCCCAAUCACAGAAGUGUCUGCUGGCGGAUGGCACUCCGCGUCUGUCAGCGCUGGAGGAGAUCUGUAUAUGUGGGGUUGGAAUGAAAGCGGGCAGCUUGGCCUGCCGUCUAAAAGCUUAAAAGAGGAAAAGCUCAAAAGGACUGGAAAUGCCGAAUCGGUUGUGAACAAAGGAGAGGAGAAAAGUAAAGAUGAAGUGUUCAUCUCAAUUCAAGCGUUUCCUGCUCUUGUGGAUGUCCCUCACGUGACAGAAAUCAUCAGGGUCUGCUGUGGAUCCAGACAUACAGCCGCCAUCACAGGUUCAGGUGAUCUCUACACCUGGGGAUGGGGUCAGUAUGGUCAGCUGGGACAUGCCAGUGAAAAUAGCACAGAUGAACCAAUGCUGGUGGAGUAUUUCCACAGUCAGGACAUGUGUGUUAAAGAUGUUGUUUGUGGAUUAUGGAACACUUUUGUGUCUGCAGUUUCAAAAAAACAAUCUCUCACAACCGCACGCUUACAGGAUAAAAGUUUAUUAAGUUAG